AUGAGUCUGCCGAGGUACCCCAAGCUGAUCACCUUCGUCGGGCUCCCGGAUUACGGAGAGGGCGUCGGUAGCAACGACCAUGACGGACGAGGCUCGAGGAGAAGCCGCUCGGCGCCAGCCAUUAGUAUCAAGUCGGCUUCGCACCCGUUCAAUGAUGGAGGCUUCAAGGAAGUCAGUCAAGAUCUGAACAACAACGACUUCGAGGACUUUUACGACAAGCUCAAGAAGAACGACGUCGAGAAGGCCCAAAGUAGCAUCUCGGACACGUCCAUCAAGGGAGGCGAGGAAAUCGUCAUCAAGCAGGACUACGACAUCGAAGAGGCCAGGCUGGACGACACGUUGCAGAUGAGCCUGUUUGAUGCUUCGAUUGACCGCGAGGGCGCUUCCAACAUCGGCAAGGACACUUCUGAAGAUAGCGGCUCGGCGUUGUCGACAGAGAACAAGGAGGACGUCAUCAAGCAGAACUACAACACCAUCAACCACGACAACAAAAGCGCUGGCGGCGGACCCGCCGAAAUCCCGAUGCAGGCUGAAAAGUUUCAGAUGGCCGUCGUGAGCCCGAACGUCGACAAUGUUGAUGUGAUCGACCUUUCGCACGAGGCCGAAGUGCAAAUUGAGCUGAACGCCCGCACCGGCCACAAGAUGCUGACUCGCGCGGCCCGCCGAAAGCAGACCUCGGCCGAACGUAAUUCCUUCGCGAGUCUUCCCCGUCGUAGACGCCAGGCGAAGCAAGCCGCCGGCAACAAGUCCGCCUCCACCGCCAGGCCGCGCUCGCUAAGCCUCGACGAUUUGCCAGCCGCCACCUUCGACCCGGAAUGCAAGGGCCGGCUGCAACUGGACAAUCUGAUCCCUCCGGAGCCCGUCGUGCCGAUCGUGGGGCAGCCCCGCACACCGCCAGUGGACAAUUUGAUCGAACGCCUGUCGCAAAUCUCCUUGCAAGUCGGCCAUUCGCCUCGACAGCCCGCAAUGUUCAAGCUGAACACCCUGCUUGCUGACCUGGAAGAUAUCGAGAGAGAGGAGAAGUUGAAAGAAGAGAAGAAAGCGCCCAGCCAGCAC